AUCAUUGGUCAAAAGAAUGCUCGGCUGGAGAGAAUUGUGAACAGAAGUGCAUGGCAAACUGCCGCAAUUGUUCAAGAGAUAAUGUUUGUGAACAAUGUGAACCUGGAUAUUUUCUCCAUAACCAUAAAUGUUACAAAUGUCAAUCAAGUUGCAUAAGUUGUUCAUCUAUUUAUAAAUGCGAUAUCUGUAGAGAUGGAUUUUACAAUGGCCAUUGGUACGAUGAUAAACGAUAUCAAUUACAGACCAAUUGUAGUUUAUCUUGUAAAACAACAUGUUCAUCAUGUACAUCAUACAAAACUUGUAUUACCUGUACAAAUCGUGAUAAUCUAUGUAAUUGCAAAACUCAAAAUGGAUAUAAGAGACAGUGUGCCUCUUGUCAGAGUGGCAAUUAUGGCAAUUAUUGCCAGUCGAGCUGUUCAGUUGGUUGUAAAAAUCACACCUGUGAUUUCAAUACCGGCACGUGUGAAUGUACCUUCAAUUUUCAAGGUGAUUAUUGUGAUCGCUGUAUAGAGGGUAAAUAUGGAUCAAAAUGUGAUACAACUUGUCCACAUAUAUGUAAGGAAAACACUUGUGAACGCAAUGGGAGUUGUAAAAAAUGUAAGGAUGGAUUUAGGGGAGAGAACUGCCAAAAGAAGUGUGAAAGAUGUAAGCCGAGAACAGCAUGUGGUAGAUACAAUGGCAAUUGCGAUGAAUGUAUAGAGAGAUAUUAUUCUACCAACUGUGAUAGGCAAUGUUCAAAGAAUUGCAAGUCUUGUUUUAGGAAUAACGCACACCAUUGCAUGUCCUGUCAAUCUGGGAGAUAUGGGAAAAUACUCGGUCAUAAUGGACAAGAGUACAUUUCGUGUCAUCAAGAAUGCCCAGAUCAUUGCUUGAACAAAACUUGUACAUUUGAUUCCGGUGAAUGUGACAGAGGCUGCGUGAAGGGACACUGGGGUGUAAAGUGUAACAAUAAAUGUUCUGAUGACUGCACAGAUGGCGAAUGCUUCCAGAACAACGGAACGUGUUCUUCUAGAAAUGAAUGUGAUACCAAUCGUUUUGGUAAAAAAUGCGAAAACGUUUGUCAUCGUAAUUGUAUGGCAAAUGAAAAUGGUAACAGUUGUAAUUUUUUAAACGGACAAUGCAUUAGUGAUUGUUUACCAGGUUAUUUUGGCGACUUUUGUGACCUAAACUGUAGCGACAAUUGUCUUAAUAUGUCGUGUAACAAAGAUGGUGGUUUUUGUUUGUAUGGUUGUAUAGCUGAAUAUAAAGGAGACAAGUGUGAUUUACAAGAGUCGAUACAACAUGAAAUUUGGAGUACCAAUAUCGUGAUAAUCAUUGCUACAACCGCUGCUGCUGCAUCCGCAGUUAUAAUAAUUGUUACCGUUCUUGUAAGAAGAUGUAAGAUACAAAGAGAUAAACGCAAGAUGAAGAAGAACGCUGACGAGGAGACAGCUUCAGUAUGCAAUCAACAGACUACAAACCAUCCUGAUAAUGAAAUUGUAUACGCAAUGCCAAACAAACAAAAAGAAACGCCUGCAGCAGACACACCGUCAGUAGGCGCGCCAACUAAUGAUAACCUGGAUCUGAUAUGUGUUGAGGACAUCUCUAACUCUACCAACCAGGAGUCUGCUAAGAGAAACAUGUGUAGCAAGAAUUACAAUGACAGUAAGCAGUUGACGGAAGUUAAACUAGAGACAACAGAAGACUGUUUUACAGAACAUGAAUCUGUCACCAUGGAGACUGUCUGCCAUAAAUCGGAUCACGUGGUCUACCAAUCUGGAAUUGAAACUGCUACAUGUACAGAUGACACCUAUGACAACGUUUUAGCGGUAAAACAGAGGAAGAUAACCAUAGACAAAUUUCCAGAAUUUGUUGCAAAGAAGACCGCACAGGACUUUGUUAACGAAUUCCAGCAAUUGCCAAAUGCCUUGAUUAAGCCGUACGAUGACUCGCAGAAAAAAGAAAAUAUGUCUAAAAAUAGAUACCAGGGCCUCUUCCCAUAUGAUGACACGAGAGUUGUUUUAAAGGAAGGUGACACCAACUAUAUAAACGCAAGUUAUAUAGAUGGAUAUAACAAGAGGAAGGCUUACAUUGCUUCGACUGGGCCUACAAUAAAAUGCAUGGGCGAUAUGUCAGCAUUUUGGAUAAUGGUAUGGCAAGAGAAAGUUGGAAAGAUAGUCAUGUUAACAAAGUUGAUAGAAGCCGGAGCAUCGAAAUGUGAUCAGUACUGGCCAGAGAGAGGUUUCAGGCUGACGUUUGCUAAUAUACAAGUCACGUGUCGAAGCGAAGAUAUUUUCUCAAACUAUACAAAGAGGUCAUUUGUUGUUAAACAAAACAAAGAGGAGAGAGUCGUACUUCAUUUUCACUUUACUGCUUGGCCAGACAAAAGAACUCCCGAUGACGUCACUAGUUUGGUUGAAUUUCGUCAGAGGGUCAUCAGAAGUAUUACAAACCUUAAUGGACCAAUCGUCGUACACUGCAGCGCCGGAAUAGGACGAACUGGUACAUAUAUAGCUGUUGACAGUAUAACGGAGGAGGGAGAGGCAGAGGGAGGAGUUGAUGUGUAUGCCUUUGUUAGAAAUAUGAGACAACAGCGAGUUAACAUGGUGCAAACUGUUGGACAAUAUCAAUUUCUUCAUCACGCUCUCGUUCACACUCUAACAUUUGACAGUAAAGCGGUGCAGGCCUCUAAAUUCACUGAAUAUAUGAAGACACAUAAAGAGGACUACCUUGGAAAAAUGUUUGGGAAACUCCAAGCAUCGUUAGAGUGUAGAUCGGAUGACGAGAUUAAAGCUGUUGAGAGAAAUAAAGCAUUGCUACACAAGAAUAGAGAUGGCUCAGACAUUCCAGGAGAUAUCAACAGACCGAGAUUGUUUAUGGGAAAAACAACAGAUUCUCUAGACUAUAUCAAUGCUGUUUAUGUUGAUAGUUACAGAAGUGUGAAUCGUUUCCUGAUAGCACAAACACCAUUACCGGAUACUGUUGAGGACUUUCUUACAUUAAUUGUUCAAGAGAAUGUAUCAUUAGUCAUCAGUAUGGAAAGUAACCGGUUACACGAUAAAACUGUUGGAGCUUUUUAUCCUGCGGAUAAACAGACACAGAAGAUAGGAGCUUUUAAAAUCCAAACUGAAAAUGGAAGUGAGACGGAUCAGUACAAAUUAAAGAAACUUAUCAUUUCUUAUCAAGGAACGUCUAGAUCAGAAAAGGUCACUAAUGUACAAUUUAAACAUUGGAACGACAAUCAGGUCGCCCCGGAACAACCGAAAGCUUUUGUACAGUUUGUGAAAGAUGUAGAGCUGAAAUUUGGUGGAAAUGGACCGACACUAGUACAUUGCAGGACAGGGGCUGAGAAAAGUGGGCUAUUUUGUGUUGUAUCAACUUUGUUGGAGAAAACACAAAUUGACCAGGAAGUGAGUGUCGCAAACACCGUACGACAAAUAAAAUAUAGACGAAGCAUGGCCAUACCGAACAAAGAGCAGUAUAUUUUCUGUCAUCAAUGUGUGAAUGAAUAUCUUCAAUCAUUUGAUACAUACUCCGGAACAUAGUGAUUCGACAUCUCGAACAUUUUAUGAAUGCUCGAACUUGAACUAGAUAGCAUGCCUUUUAAACGCGGCUUGCUGUUUUUGAUAAAUGAUCCCGCACUUUUAAUGAUUUCCCG